AAAUGCACAGGCAGAACCCAAGCCAAUGAUCUCCCCUGGCUGAUAUCCCAAACUGAUUUUCUUUCUGGUGGGGGAGAGCGAAAGGGAAAAGAAGAGUAACGAUGUUUCAUUGAGCUCCAAGUUACUAGACUGCUUGUGAGUGUGUGGGUGAGGAAAAAGAGAGAGGGGGAGAGUGCGCGAGAGCAAAGGAACCUAUCGAGAGAGCUGGAGAGAGGCGGCACAGUUACCACAUUAAGCAGCAGACGCGACAUUAGUAGCAAGUGGAAAGAACGGAACCACAGAGAAAGACAACACCGCUUUCUUGUGGAUUACUGUUGGGAAAAUACACUUACUGCAAGAACUAAAACAAAUACAGUACACCAUCAGAGAAGAAAGAAGAACAAUAAGAUCGUUGGCUCAGAGUGACCCCCACGAUGCUCAGCGCUUGCAGUGCAGCCAUGCCUACCUGCCCUCUGUAGAGGGACGUGCCCAUCCCCACCCUUCACCCCUCACCCCCGGCCCCGGCCCCAGCCAUGUCGGCUCACCCCCAGCCCGUUCCCCAGGCCCGCCGGGCCAUGGACACCAGACACCUGACCAACCCCGCCGCCCUGCCGCUGCAGCUGGCCCGGGCACACACGGAAGUAGGGCUGGCUGACUACCACUCUCACUCACGGGACUACACUUCCCACGUGCCCCAUGCAUCCAUGACCCAGCCUCACCAUCGUCGUCGACCCUCCCUUCUGUCUGAGUUCCAGCCUGGGAAUGAGAGAGGUCAGGAACCCCACAUCCGCUAUGAGCACAUUUACAUGCAGGAGCCCAACAGCCAGUCAGAGGUGGAGUACGCCGAAAUGAAACGCCCACGGCUAGAGAUGGGGGCGGAGUCUCUGCUGCGUCACUCAGGUCACCGCCAGCCCUCUCAAAUGGGCGGUUCUGAGGACAUGUCCAAGGACCGAGGCGGUGGCAUGGGCAAGCUGGAGCCCAUCUCCCCCGUCAGCCCGGCCCAGAUGGACCCGGACCUGGACCUGGUGCCGGCCCGCUUCUCCAAGGAGGAGCUGAUCCAGAACAUGGACCGCGUGGACCGAGAGAUCACCAUGGUGGAGCAGCAGAUCUGCAAACUGCGCAAGAAACAGGUCCGCCAACAGCUAGAGGAGGAAGCAGCCAAACCCCAGGAGCCGGAGAGACCCAUCUCUCCCCCGCCCAGCGAGGCCAAGCACAGAAGCCUGGUGCAGAUCAUCUACGACGAGAACAGGAAAAAGGCUGAAGAAGCCCACCGGAUCCUGGAGGGGCUUGGACCCAGAGUUGAGCUGCCUCUUUACAACCAGCCGUCAGACACUAAGCAGUAUCAUGAGAACAUCAAAAUAAACCAGGCAAUGAGGAAGAAGCUCAUUCUGUACUUCAAGAGAAGAAACCAUGCGCGCAAACAGUGGGAGCAGAAGUUCUGCCAGCGCUAUGACCAGCUGAUGGAGGCCUGGGAGAAGAAGGUGGAGCGCAUCGAGAACAACCCGCGGCGGCGCGCCAAGGAGAGCAAGGUGCGCGAGUACUACGAGAAGCAGUUCCCCGAGAUCCGCAAGCAGAGGGAGCUUCAGGAGCGCAUGCAGAGCAGGGUGGGGCAGCGUGGAGGUAGUCUGGCCUCAUCAGCGGCACGCAGCGAACACGAGGUCUCUGAGAUCAUCGACGGCAUCUCCGAGCAAGAGAACUCGGAGAAGCAGAUGAGGCAGCUGGCCGUCAUCCCGCCCAUGCUCUUCGACGCCGAGCAGCAGCGCAUCAAGUUCAUCAACAUGAACGGGCUGAUGGACGACCCCAUGAAGGUGUACAAGGACCGGCAGGUCAUGAACAUGUGGAGCGAGCAGGAGAAGGACACCUUCCGCGAGAAGUUCAUCCAACACCCGAAGAACUUUGGCCUGAUUGCGUCGUUCCUUGAGAGAAAGACGGUGGCGGAGUGCGUGCUGUUCUACUACCUGACCAAGAAGAACGAGAACUACAAAAACAUUGUGCGCAGAAACUACCGCCGUCGCGGCAGAAGCCAGCAGCAGCAGCAGCAGCAGCAGCAACAGCAGGUGAGCCGCAGCAGCCAGGAGGAGAAGGAUGAGAAAGACAAGGAGAAGGAAGGAGAGCGGGAGGAGGAGAAGACUGAGGCCGACGACAAGGAGGACGCACUGAAGGACGACACGUCCGGCGAGGACGGAGAGGACAAGGAGCCGGCUGUGGCCUUCAAGGGCCGCCGCACGGCCAACAGCCAGGGCCGGAGAAAGGGCCGCAUCACCCGCUCCAUGGCCAACGAGGCCGAGGAGACCACCACGCCUCCACUCAGCAGUGAACUGGCCAAUCUGGAGAUGAAUGAGAGCUCUCGCUGGACGGAGGAGGAAAUGGAAACUGCGAAAAAAGGCCUUCUCCAGUAUGGUAGGAACUGGUCCUGCAUUGCUAAGAUGGUGGGCUCCAAAUCCGUAUCUCAGUGCAAGAACUUCUACUUUAACUACAAGAAGAGGCAGAAACUGGAUGAGAUUUUGCAGCAGCACAAAAUGAAAUCGGAGAAGGAGCGCAAGGCGCGGCGCAAACGCAAGGCGGCUCCGAGCGAGGAGGCCAGCGCUCCCUCCGCGGCUGAGGAGGAGGAGAUGGAGGUGUCGGGGGCCAGUGGCAACGAGGAGGAGGCGGCCGAGGACGGAGAAGCAGGGGCCAACAACAGCUCGGACACGGAGAGCUUGCCCUCACCCAGGUCCUCCGAGGAGAGCAAGUCCAAAGAGGAGAGCAAGUCCAGCCAGGGGACCGGAGGCGAGGGGGACUCGGGGGACCAGGAUGCCGCGCUGAGCGAGGCCGGGCAGGGGGCUGACGAGAAGCCCCUGACCCUCCGGGAGCUGGAGCAGGCCGUGAAGCAGGAGGUGAAGAGCGAGGCAGGGGAGGGCAGCAAAGAGCCGCCCGCCGAAUGUGCCGACAAGAAGCCCCCCGCCGAGACGGAGGGGGGGAAGGGCUCCGGCAAGGCCUCCAAGAGGGAGCACGGGCCCAAGACCGGCUCCAACGGAGACAGCGACUCCAGCGCCACCUGCAGCGCCGACGAGGUGGAGGAGGCCGACACCGCGGAGAAGAACAGGAUGACCUCACCCAGGCCCAGCCUCCUCAACUACUCCCACGAGGGGGUCAUCUCCUCCCCCCUGCAGAAACCCAUGGACCUCAAGCAGCUCAAACAGAGGGCUGCAGCCAUCCCCCCCAUCAUGCCCGAGGUCUCUGCGCAGGGCGGGCCGCGGGGCGUUGGGAAGCAGCAGGUGCCCCCCCACGCGCUGGCGCUGUACCAGCAGCAGAUCACCAUGGCACACGAGUCGGCCCAGGAGGGCUCGCCCCACGGCAAGCAGCCCAAAGCGGCGGUGCACCCCCAGCAGCAGCCCCUGCAGGGCGACAGGGACACGCGCGUCAGGACCCGCAGCCCCGCCUCCACCGCCAGCGACAAGGACGAGAUGGAGGGCAACGAGAAGUGGCUGCAGACUCUGCUUCACGGAAUACACAAGUCCCGGGCCUUCUCUCCGCACGGCGAGGGGAAGAAGCAGGGCAGGGGGGCCGAGGACCCCAGACCCGCCAACCUGAGCCGGCCGGUGCUGUCGCCCUACCAGCUCUCACCCCGGGACAUGGCCAAGCUGAGCCACGACCAGCACCUGCUGCACUUCAACCCAGCCUUCCAGCCCCCCGCGCACGGCGUCCCCCUCGGCCUGCCGCAGGACAGCGGCCGAAUGGCGGCGGUGCGCCCCCUCCACAUCCCCGAGCCGCCGCCCCUCAUCUCCUCUUCCAAGCCGGGCGGCUCCAUCACGCAGGGUACCCCGGUCCAGCUGCACAGCCCGGCCCACGGCUCCGAACAGGGCAAGAUUCCCACCGGCCCGCUGGGCCUCUCCUGGAUGGAGCAGAAGAAACCGGGUGAGUCCAAGUGUCUGGAGUGGGUGACACACUCCCAGCCUUGGUUCGCUGGGCCGUUCCCCGUGGUCAAGCAGGAGCAGCUGUCCCCCCGAGGCCAGGCCCCCCAGGCCGAAAACCUGUCCACCCAGGGGCCGUCCUACGAGGGCGCCGCCGGGCGCGGGUCCAUGUCUGCCGUGCAGGGUGGCAGCAUCACCAAGGGCCUCCCGGGAACCCGGGUUCACCAGGAGGCGCCCAUCUCCUACCGAGGGGGGUCCAUCACCCAGGGCACCCCGGCGGACGUCCUGUACAAGGGCACCAUCACGCGGCUGAUCACGGAGGACAGCCCCAGCCGGGCGGAGCGAGCGCGCGAGGAGGCGCUGUCUAAGGGCCAGCUGGUCUACGAGGGAAUCAGCGGGCACAUACUCUCCUACGACCGAGCAGCACCUCAGAACCCUAAAGAGGAGGGGAGGGGAGCACCUGCUGAGAUCCUGGGGCUCAAGCGCCCCUACGAUGUCAUGGAGGGGGGGAUCUCCCGUGGCCUGCCCAUCCGAGACUCGAUGUCCGCAAACUGUGAAGGGCUGAUAGGCAGGGCCAUGCCCCAGGAGAGACACAGUCCGCACCACUUCAAGGAGUCCCACCAUAUCCGCGGCUCCAUCUCACAAGGCAUCCCCCGGCACGUAGACCAGGAGGAGUACAUGAGGCGGGAGGCCAAGCAGAUGAAGAGGGAGAGCUCCCCGUCCCGCGGCUCGGGCCAGCCCCCCGACGGCCUGAAGCCUCGGCCCCACGAGGGCAUGGUGCCCACGGUGAAGGAGGGCGGCCGCUCCAUCCACGAGAUCCCACGCGACGAGCUGCGCCACCUGCCCGACGCCCUGCUGGGCAAGGCUGGCAAGGAGGGCUCCAUCACACAGGGUACCCCCAUGAAGCAGGAGGCCGGCAGCUCGUCGAAGCGGCACGACGUGCGCUCCAUCAUCGCCAGCUCCCCGCGCUCGUACCACAGCGUGCCGCCGCACCUGGAGCUGCGGCCGGAGGGGCGGGGCGGCGAGCGCGCGCGCUACGAGGAGGGCCUGAAGGGCCGGCCCAGCGCCGUGGUCAGCACCGCCGGCCCCAUGGCCCUGGGGCCCGAGCAGGCCGCCAAGGCCCACCACAGCCCGCUGGGCUACGACGAGCACAAGGGCCCGAUGCGGGUCCCCUACCCCGGCCCCGCCCACCGCGGCUCGCCCGUGUCCUCCCGCGACGCCGGCCAGCGCCAGCACGAAGGUGGCAGUAAGUCCCAGCCCCAGGAGCGUAAGGCCACUCCCACCCCUCGGGAGAUGAGCUCCACCAAGUCUCCCCUGCCGGGCGUGGCCGAGCACCACGCCUCACUGGCCACCUACGAGCGGCUGCUGCAGGGCCUGGGGGCGGACGUGUACCGCGGGCAGAUCCCCCUGACCUUCGACCCCGCCGCCCUGCCCCGGGGCAUCCCCAUCGACCCAGCCUACUACCUUCCCCGCCACCUGGCCCCGAACCCGGCCUACGCGCACCACUACCCGCCCUACCUGAUCCGCGGGUUCCCCGACACGGUGGCGCUGGAGAACCGGCAGACGCUGCUGAACGACUACAUCACCUCCCAGCAGAUGCACCAGUGGCCCGCAGCCGCGAUGGCUGCCCAGCGCACCGACCUGCUGAGGGGCCUGUCGCCGCGGGAACAGCAACUCCCCCUGCCCUACUCAGCCGCUCCCCGCAGGAUCAUCGAUCUGUCUCAGGUGCCCCACUUACCUGUCCUGGUCCCUCCCUCCGCAGGGGCGUCCGGCUCCCCCAUGGACCGCAUCACCUACAUCCCCGGAGCCUCCAGUGCCUUCCCCAGCCGGCCCUACACCACCUCCCCCAUCUCUCCAGGCGGACCCUCACACAUGAGCAAGGCGCAGGGAGGAUCGUCUUCAUCGGAGAGAGAGAGGGACCGGGACCGCGAGAGGGAACGGGACCGUGACCGUGAGCGGGACCGAGACAGAGAGAGGGAGAGGGAAAGAGACCGGGACAGGGAACGGGAGCGGGAGAGAGAACGAGACCGCGACCGAGAGAGAGAGAGGGACCGUGAAAGGGAGAGAGACCGGGAGAAGCCCGGCUCUAUGGGACAGGGCACCGUGGAACAUGCGCCCAUCUGGAGACCAGGCACGGAGCAGAGCGCUGCUGGGAGUGGCGGCGGGGGUGGCCGUAGCUCCUCCCACUCCUACGGCCACCAGCACUCGCCCGUGUCCCCUCGCACCCAGGACAGCCUGCAGCAGAGGCCCAGCGUGCUGCACACUGGCGCCAAGAGCCUGCCCGUCUCUGCCGAGCACACCAACCCCUCCGUCCUCAGGUCUCUCCCGCCGGGGUCCUCGCGUUACCCGGGCUACACCGGCCACUUGCCCUACCUGGGUCUGGACUCGGCCGUGGCUAAAGAGCUGAGCCGGGGCUCUGAAGGGGGCAAAGUCCACAGCAGGGGAGGCAGCAGCAGCCAGUCCAAACACCCCCAAGACCCGCACGGCUCUACCUCCUCCUCGUCCAGCAAGUCUGAGCCCAAGCUGGUCAGCCCGCCCCCGGGGAUGGUGUACGGCGGGGCCUACCCCCCGGGCCCCGCCCACCUGGGCCACCACCCGGGCCGGCACCACCCGCUGCUGCCCCCCCACCAGCACGCCCCCCCAGAGAACACGCCUGGCGGUUCCCGCGGCGACGGCACUCCCAGUAGGGAAAAGACUCAUAACAAACUGAUGUCCGCACAGGAAGUGGAGCUCCGAGCACUCGGUAAGACCACCAUGACUGCGGCCAACUUCAUAAACGCCAUUAUCAUGCGUCAAAUUUCUUGUGAUACGGGGAUGCCAGAGAUGGGCUCGCCCACAGCUGACGGCGAGUGCGAUGCGGCCCAGCAGAAGAUGGCGUCCAUGGAACAGCAGCACGCUCACUAUCGACCCCCCUCGGAAGAGAGCCUCUCCCCCACCCACCCUGGCCAGCAGGGGGCCAACCCCUACACCAAGAGCGGCCAGCAGAGGGUGGUGACCCUGGCCCAGCACAUCAGCGAAGUGAUCACGAAGGACUACACGCGGCAGCAGACGCAGCAGCCGGCCUACUCCUUCCAGACGUCUCCGGUGCUGGACCUGACCCGGCCCCCCAGCACCCCCCAGCCUCAGCAGGCUUCUCAGGACCCAGGCCAGGGCUCGCGCUACCCUGAGGGGGCGUCUGGAGAGAGAGUCCGAGACAGGUCUCCUCUGCAGAGUAAGGUGUCUCCGGAGAGCCUCUCUGUAGACGGCAUCGAACCCGUGUCACCUGCCGGAGGGCUGUCCGAGUCAGAGACGCAAGGGGCCUCUUACUCCGAGCAGGGGGACCAGGGGAUGGGCUCCCGCUCCCCGGCCAACAGCUCACAGCCGCCGGCCUUCUUCAGCAAGCUGACGGAGAGCAACUCCGCCAUCGUCAAGUCCAAGAAGCAGGAGAUGAUCAAGAAGAUGACGGUCAGCGGCAACGAGGCCGAAUACAAUUCUGGCCAGCCAGGCACAGAGAUAUUCAACAUGCCUGCUUCAACGACAGCAGGGUCUGUGCCCACUCGAAGCCACCCGGCUCCAGAGACGACGGGCAACACCAUCGGUCUGGAGGCCAUCAUUAGGAAGGCCCUGAUGGGCAAGUAUGAUGACCAGGCGGAGGACCGCUCCGCCCCCGGCGGUGGUAACCCCCUGUCUGGCAGCGCGCCUGCAGCGGGGCCCGGGGCCGAGGGCCGGAACGAGGAGCCGUACUCACUGCCAGGUUUGGGCAAGUCGAAGGGCGGGGGCCGCUCCAACGGGCGCAAGGCCAAGUCCCCGGGGCCCGGGCUGUCGGGGGGCGAGAGGCCCUCGUCCGUGUCCUCUGUGCACUCCGACGGGGACUGCAACCGCCGCACGCCUCUCACCAACCGAGUGUGGGAGGACCGGCCGUCCUCCACAGGCCCCACGCCCUUCCCCUGCAACCCCCUCACCAUGACCAUGCGCUUCCCGGGCGGGGUGGUGUCGUCCCCGUCCCAGGGAGGGGGCCAGCGGCAGGCCUGGGGCGACGAGGAGCCAAAACCCCUGCUGUGCUCCCAGUAUGAGACGCUGUCCGACACCGAGUGAGACCAGAGACCCGCCCAGGGACCGGCGCUGUCCACUCCGAGCCUGCUGCUGCCUCACACACGCACACACACACACAGCGCCCAGCGCCGCCCGUCUCCCACCCAAACCCCCAGGUCCACACGGCUCCGCAACUGUCAGCAAGCCCCGAAAACAGAGCGCUCCACCCCCGACGGUCCAGCCUGCCCCAGAGGACGCUGGGAGGGGAGGCUCUGAUGGAGCACAGCUGCUCAGAGAGUGUGUGUGUGUGCGCGUACGUGUAUGUGUGUACGGAUGAGUGCGUGCACAGUCACUCCAGGACUAUUUGUAGGAUAAAUCACUUUCUUUUCUUUUUUUUUACCGUUUUUCUCUCGCUGGCCUUAUCAAUGGAGAAACACACCAACUCGCGUCACGUUUUUCUCUGUACAGUCAUGUUGUGUUUUAUGUCCGGACUGUCUGUGGAAGGGACUUGGUACGACCCCAUAGUCAGAUGCCAACCUCUUUUCUGGGUUUUUUUAAACCGAUAAACUCCUGUAUGUCCACACACCGCAAGCAGCCUCGGUGACUUCACACAGGAACCCCCCCCCCCCAGUAAACAGGAAGUGACACAGUGCCUCUGCGCUCGGGCGUGUGUCCUCACAGCCACGCACUCAGGAACUUGGGCCCUCUAAAAGGAGAAUGAAAUAAAACUGUAAACGCAGACCAGCCAAGCCUUCUGAACACUGCGGUCUUCUAGGCCACUUCGCCCUGCCUGCGCGUGGUGACCGGGGCGGAACAGAGAGCCGCGAAGCAGGGCAGUCCCUCUCGGCCGAGCUCGCCCACGCCCGUCCCUCACCCGCGGGGGUGCAGGGGGCAGCCGGAGGCUCUGGAGGUGGAGUGACGCCCCGACCACCCCACCAGCAGCUGUACCUGCAGACCGUCUCUCUCUACCCGCCCAGCCUGCAGCCUGACGCUCAUAGAGAAGAGGGGGGGCAUCGUUUUUCUUUCUUUCUUUCUUUUUCUUUUCUUUUUUUAAGCCAGUCCAGUCCCGUGUUUGAAAGUGAGCUGAGACCUUUAAAUACUUUUGAUGGUGACUUUCGUGUCAGUCGUUGUCUCUUGUUUAUUUCUGCGAUUAGCUAUGCCGGGGGUAUUACUUGGGUGUGUUAUUUCAUUGGUUUACAGGGUAUACAUGCUGUUCAUUGUUAGUGUUAUCAUACAUUCAGACACAAGUGUUGUUUUGUUUUUGUAAGGCAGGUGGAGGCGUAUUUUCAUGAAGCAAAAAAAAAAAAGAGAAAAAGAAAAAAAAAGAAACUGCCGAACUAAGUCAUUGAGGCCGAGGGCUGCUCCUCUCCUCUGGUUCUGUUGUAUUUACCAUGUAUAUACGUUUGACUGUAUUGAGACUGUUCUUUGACAUUGAGCACUUAGACGUCGGUCUUCACUGCGGCAUUUUAGAUGAAACGCGACUUCAGACAGGAGGUGGAUUGUGAAGUAGGCGGGUGGAGCAAACGGGGGCAGUCUGGCACAGGUUUCAUUCAGGGCUGAACUGGCUCUUUGUGCCCCAGGCACGGGCCCCAACCACAGACCAGGUUUAACACAGGCCCUGCCGAGCACACUCGGGUAGACUUUCCAGCGUCCCAAGUUUGAAUUCUGCUGAAAAAAAGGAGGAGAAAUGAAAACGGAACACCUCUCUGCUAUAAAACGGAAGCCAUCCCCUGCGUUUUGCUCUCGGUAGGUGGCACUGCUAGCCGUAGCCUCGUUCCACGAUUCGGCCCGUUCCUUGCGAGUGUGCCCGGGGAUGUGGGGUUUGUGCCCUAAUCCUGUUCAGGUGCAGUCACACCAGUGCAGUCACACCAGUGCUGUCAGACCAGGUGUAAAAGCAAAACCUAUAACCUAUAUUCUUUUGUACAGUUUUAAAAAAAUAUUCCUAGUGUUAAGUGCCAUUUAUUUUGCAUAUACAGUACUGAAGUUACUAAGUGACUACGCACAAUUUCAUUUUACUUUUUUCAUGUCAGGAUUAUAGAUGAGGUGCUGGGGUUUUGAAAGGGUAAGGGAAGCAUCCCUAUUUUCAUUCUACAGAGGAUUACUUUCAAAUUUGUUCAAAUGUGUUGUUUUUUUUCUUUCUUUCUUUCUGGACCAGUUAUGCCCACCCCUCCAGAAGACCCAUUGGUAGCCAGUGUCUGCACCUCACAAUGCUCUCCCAGAGCCUAAGGCGACCAUGCAGUACUUACACAAUAAUAGUUAUCAGUAGUAACAGUGGCAAUCUCAACAGUUAUUAGACCAAAUGAAUUAUGAGCAUUUUGCUCCUAACAUAUAAACACUACUGAGAGCGGAGUGGCUGGCUGAGAAAGGAGCCAGCGCACCGUCCCUUUGGGGUGGCAGGCACACAUUCUGAUAUUUUAGCUGCUGGGAAACCUGAGAGAAUCAGCUUUCCUGUGACUCCGUUUCCUCAUUGGUACAUUUGUAAUACCAUUUAGGAAUACCCCCAUUUGUACAUGAUGUUAAGGUCGUAUGACAUCAGUGUCAACUACGUGGAGUAUAUGUGCAUGAUGAGUAUCCGCCUGUCUGCUCUGUGACUAGUAACAGCGCUGCCUGAUCUGGCAGCAGAAAAAAUCAAGAGCAGCAAUAGGAAGGAGAAAAGAUCAUCAUUUUUCUAACCCCCCCUCCCCAAAUGAAUCUUGUCUGGCUCUGUUGUCUGUUGAUGGGGGGGUGGGGGUGGUAAUGAAUGGGAGAAUGGAACACCUUGUACUAUAGAUGGAACCCAGCUGUCAUGACAAUGGAGUUGAGUAAGGUAUUUUUCCAGCCCUGGGCUGUGAACAUCAGUGCCACCCCCUGGACAGGACUAGAAGUGCACAUCCCAUUUGUCAUCAUGUACUAGAGAGAUGGGAGGGAGAGUGUUUUAUGAAUUUAGAAAUGUAGUAAAUCAUACAUCACUGUCUACAAACACUGUACUCAAAUUCUGUGGAAUUGUCAACGCAAACUCUUUCAUUCUCAAGACGACCUUUACAAGAUGAUGUUUAACUCUUGAGGACUGGCAGAAGUGAGACAGACUAAUUCAUAUCCAAAUUUUUAACACUUAAAACAAUAGUUCUAGAAAUGCGUUGUUUUUAAAAGUGUCUGGGUUUUUGUGUGCGUGCGUGCGCCUGUGCAUUUUUAUUGACGACCUUCUUUCUUUUUUUGUGGAUCUUGUUUUCUCUUGUGCUGCCUGCUUUUGAUUUUAGCCUAUCGUGCAAUCAAGAGCGACUUUCACUUUUAAAGUUAAAGAUGUUAGUGUUAUUAAAAGACAAGUAAAGAGAAGAGAGCCAAUAUUAUGUUCCAGAAACCUACAACGGGAAGGGCGGGUGGGGUGCUGGUGGUGGUAAGCGGCAUAUAGUUUGAACAACCAUAUUGUGCAUAAUGAUUUUCGUUUUAUUUUUUAUUAUUCUAACCCGGUGUAUUAUAGCAAGGACUGUAUAUAGAACUGAAAAGAUGUAAAUAUUUAUGUGGCUUGCUGCAAGGUCGGUAUUCACAGGAAGACUGUAUUCACUGUUUUACUCUACAUGCCCACCAGCAAGCUUCGUGGAUAGCAGUGUAAAAAAUGAAAUUAAAAAAAGAAAAAAGCACUGCCUUAAUGUUUAAAUAAAAAGCUUAUUGCCAUUGA